AUGAGCCCUUCCACCAUGCCCGCUCGCCAGGACGCCUACUCCGUUUCCAUCCCGGUCUCUCCUCCUCCCCCGAGCGAUCUGUCGACCUACAUGCGCUCGAUGCACCAGCACACGAAGCGUCAGAUGGAAGCCGCCAACCGCUCGUCGUCGAGGAGAUCUGGCGGUCGCACCUCGUACCCCCACAUGUCCAACGGCUCUUCAAGUCCCGACUACAGCUCAUAA